UGUGAAAAAUGUGAGCGAAAAGCACUAAAUUGAUUUUUAAUUUGAAAGAAAAACAGAAACAUCUGAUCUUAUUCACUGACUGUAAGGAAUUGUUUCAAGGCCACAUUUAACAGACAGUGUCUUGGGCGUACCUACAGCUUAGUGGCCUUUUUUCCGAUAGCACAUGAACGCAGCAUAUAGUUUCCGCCUCAUUCCCGUCCCGGACAGGUAAGAAAACUGUCCCAGGUUAGUUCAAUCUGUCCGGGUCCGGUGUCACACAUACUGAGAGGUUUUACCAAACAGACCACAGAGUUUCUGAGCUGCAGGAGGGGUAACCGCCGCCACAGCCAUGGCCGAAUCCCAGCUUAUGUGCAUGGAAGACGGCCACAUCGGAGCCAGUGUCCCGGAGACUAAACCGGAGUUUUACUACAGCGAGGAGCAGCGCGCUGCCAUCGAGGAGCUCCUCAAGAACGGCGACGGUGCCUUCAAAACAAGACUCAAAGAUGACAACAUGAAAGACUUUCUAUCGGCCAGAGAAGUCAAAGUGUUGUUGAGCACUUUCAAACAGUAUGACUCGGGUAAUGACAGCAACAGCAGCAGCAAAGCAACACAGUCCAAGUCGGAUCAGGGAGCCGCCGGCACUGACGCCAGUGAUUCGGGGGUCCAUUCCACCUACUGGCCCCAGAUGUCGGACACCCAGGUGCCGCCGCUGGAUAUCGGCUGGACCGGCGGGGGUCUGUUCAAAGGGGUGACCCGGGUGGUCGUGCACACACAUCCGCCUAAAGAUAAUGGACCUCACAUCAAAGAGGUGGUGCGGCGGCUCAUACAGGACGCCAGCAAGGUGAUAGCGGUAGUGAUGGACAUGCUCACAGACGUCCAGAUCCUGCAGGACCUGAUGGACGCGGCCUGGCGACGCUCCGUGCCCAUUUACAUCUUGUUGGAUCACCAAGGCGUGCCACACUUCCUGGAUAUGUGCUCCAGGCUGCAGAUUGGCUCACAGCACCUGCGGAACAUCAGAACCAGGACGCUGCAGGGAACCGGAUUCGGUUUGUCCUUCGGCAGACUGCCUGGUUCACUCUGUAACAAGUACAUGCUGGUGGACGGAGAAAAAGUCAUGUUCGGCUCCUACAGUUUCUCCUGGUGUACAUCUCGUAUGGACCGAAACAUGAUCACCGUGAUGACGGGGCAGGUGGUUGACUUCUUUGACCGGGACUUCCGCGAAAUGUACGCCAUCUCUGAGAAGUUGGACCUCUACAAGGAGUUCCACGUUAGCCCGCCUGCUGCUAACGUGACCGCUACAAUACGAUCCAAAGCGGGGCCCAAACGCCCGCCUUUGCCAGCCACCACGUCCCGUUUCCAGGUCAGCUUAGGGGAUUCUCGGAAAGCCAAAAUCCAGGUGCCUGCUCACAAAUACUACAACCCCAAAUACUCGCUGGUGUUUGGGGACAUCCCUCGUCCACCAGGGUCUCUGCAGGGGCCAGGACCUAAGAGGGGCUCACUCCUGGCCGAGGCUCCCGAGGAGAUACAUGAGGGGAGGCCACGACAGGCCAGUAGUGAGAGGACGGGCCAGCUGAGUCCGGUGCCAUCAGAAGCCCCGAGUGAAAGUUUCAAGAGGCCCAAUGGACUCAAGCAGGACAAGAAGGGGCAGCUCACAUGGACACAGAAAUUAUUCAGGAAGAAAUUGUCCAGUAAGCCUUCAUUCAAGAGCCCUGCAGACAGCACAUGUCCUUCACCCACAGAAACCAACUGGGCCGAUGAGAACGAAGACAACCUUGAGGUGAUCGUGAGAUCUCCAUCCAAAUGGAAGACGAAGAAGCCGUCUAAACUGGGCCGGAAGACAGAGUCCGAGCAAACUGUCACUACACAUGACAAUGAGAGUGUUAAGAGUCGACGUCGAAAAAAACAAGAAUGUACAGUGUCCUGAGGUGAACCUGCCAUUCUCUGACGACAGAAACAAGUCAUGCAGGCUUGAGAUGGAUUACAAAAAUAACUUCCUUAACACUAAUGACACUUUUGUUUGUGCAAUAUUGUAUGUGCCUUACAGAAAGAAAAGAUCACUCAGGUUGUGAUGCAUUCUGUUUAUAUGUUUAGUGCCAAAUGUAAAAUGAAAAUUCAAAGUUUUAAGGGAUAUCUAUUUCCCUGGGAGAGUGCAGAAAGGUUUAAAUGAGAUAUUUCCCGGUGAUCACUUGCAUCUUGUUUACUCUGAGCCUCUUUUUGGGGCUUCAGGGAUGUAGGGAUAACUGCUUCCCUGCUGGACCCUGAGUGCAUAGGUUUAUAGUGUACAUUUUAGUGCACAAAAUGUGAAGUAAGUUUGCACAAAUCUUCUUCAUCUGUUUAGAGAAUAUAUAGAAAUGAGGUUGUCUGAGGUUGCAAAUCGAUGGUUUUUCCCUGAUCAGGAAUUAUCUGUAACCAUGAACCAUACCUGACCUCUGAAGAACUAACUCUGCUGAAAGACCCAAAAGGGGCAAGAACCACACUUAUCAUGAGCAACCUAAAGCAGGUCAUAUUCAAACCUCGGAUGAUUGUUACCUUUGCUUUAAAAAAAAAAGGAAUCAUCAGAAAGAAAUCAUGAAGGUGAGUAAAUCUCACCUUGUAUUACCCCUUGAGUGGUGUUGUGGGCCGUUAUGUGUGUACUUUUUCCGUUUUGUCACUUCUAUGCAAAUGAAUGUUACAAAGAAUUUCUGUGAAUGUUUUUUUGUUGCACUAAUACAUUGUGGGAUCUUUUGUUCAUUGUGCUUACUAAAUGGUCUCAGAUAAGGAAAGCUUUAAAAGGUACCAAGAAGAUUUUUUUUUUUAAUAUUUGGAUUGUUUAGUGGAUGGCUGAAUUCAAACAGGAGGACCACAUGAUCAAAACAUUUAAAAAUGUGUUUUAAAAACAUAAAUACAGUAAAAAAUAAAAUGAAAUGGGAGAAAAGCAAGAUGUUGUCAUAGGGUAUUUCUGUUCAAACACGAUGCUUCACUUUGACUGCAGCUCCACCUGGUGGUGACACUGCAGUGCAACUCCAACUUUUAAGAUGGAAAGCUGUGCAUUGCGCAAACUGGCCACUAGCUGACACCCUUGUCCUCCCUCUGCUGUUUUCUGACAGCUCGUAACUCAACAGUGGAACCACAGGCAUGAUGGGAGCUCAGGGUUGGGUUGAGGGUAGAGUAUGUGGUGCAACACCGAAACAGGAAGUCAAAGCUGCAGCAGGAAGAGGCGUUCUCGCACUCAUUUAUAGUCUGGUGUUACUCACACACAGCAGGGCUGAAAAUAUGUUGUUUCCUGAGUUACUGGCAUCUUAAUGUUCAUUCUAAAACACUGCAUCUGUCUGUCUAACUAGAAAUCCUUCCUGCUUUAUCAGAGAGAGGUUUUCUGUAAGAUUAAGUGAAAAUCAACAGCCAGAAUGUCUGCAAAAUGUGUCUACUAGAAAAUACAGAUCUGACCAUAACAAACAUGCAGUGCAUGGCGGGCAGCACGCAUCAGAACUCUGACCAGAGUUUGUUUGCUGGUUGCAGUUGUCUUGGAAAACUCAAACAAAAGCAAUGUUUAAAAUGCAACCCACGGAUAACUUUUUGAAAUACAGCAUAAAUCUGCAGUUGUAUGAUAAUAAUAAUUACAAUUUGUGAUUCUACAUAAGCUUUUAAAUAAAGUUUU